UCUCUUUUUUCUCUUCCUAUGCCGUUACAGCCAUCAACAGCCAUAAAACUCUGAUCAAGAAGACCAUUCAACAUUCUUUAAGGGCUAGAACUGAGUUGACAUCAUUAGUAUGUGAAAUUUGAGGGUCCCCCCCCCUUCCCUCUCUAUCAACCUAAUCACAAUAUUUUAACCCUUUAUAUGUGAUAUGUCCCAUUAACAAUUUAAUAUGAUUUGCAGCUUAGAUGAAUGCGUUGGUGGGUUUUCCUAUUAUUUAACAUUAAUGUUAAUUUGUGUGAAGUGGUUGAUUUUGUUUAGUUAUUUACUCUCCGAUAUUUUUUGAAUGAUUUUUUUUCUUUGGUAUUUUGGUAUUUGUCUAUUUAUUUUGGGAAAGUGAGGGGCUUGAUGGUAUUGACUUUCAAGGAGUUGUACAAUUUAAGGAGGAUAUCAAAUCUCGUGAUGUAAACAGACCUGGAGAUGGGGAGGUUGCUAAAGUGCCGUUGAAGCAAAGUUCUUUUAUUUAUUUAUUUUUUCUGUUAAAGAAGCAAAGUUCAUGAAGCCAAUAAGUAAAUGAUCUAGAUGAAAACAACCUGAUAUUCAGGGAUUUGCCUCCUCCAAAUUGGUACACCCAUGUGCAUAGCUCUCUUGGAACCAAGAGAGAGUUAAAACACUAAAAAAUUCUUGCAUUCCUAUGUUUAAACUGAAAUAAAAACACCCAACAUUGUUCACCAAAUUUGUUCACGAACUCCUUCCUGAGCUUUCCCAGUUGAGACCCGAAGUGCUUUCCCUUCUUCAUUAGCAAAAGUUUUUAAUCUCUCUUUUGAUUACCUGUUCUAUGUCAACAUAUGGCAAGGGAUCAGUUAAUAGCUUUCAAUAUCCGUUGUUUCUGCCUCAUUUUGCUUCUCCUCUCCUCACUAUAUUACAUUUCAUUUGUCUUCUGGUCUCACUGCUCAAGGCCCUGUAAUUCCCCAAACCACAUCAUGCUGCCAAAGCAAAGCCUUCCCAUUCAUCUUUUUUAUUUCUCUUCAGCAUGGAACCACCUCUCUUUCUCCUCAAAACCACCUCAGAAACUCCUCAAAAUUGCCCUGUUUGUCAAGAAAUGGCCACAUAGGAAUCUUGCUGGAGGACUUGAACGCCAUGCCUUAACUCUCCACCUUGACCUUGCCAAGAGAGGCCAUGAACUUCAUAUAUUUACUACCAACUCUGCAAAUUCCUCCUUCCCUAGAUACCCACAUGUCAACAUGAAUUUUCACCUAUCUAAACCUACAGCUGCAGGUUACCUUGAUCAAGCUGUAGUGUGGAAGCAAUUUCAAAGCCAAAAUUCAACCGGAAGACCAUUUGAUGUGGUUCACACUGAAAGUGUUGGCCUAUUGCACACUCGAGCACAACAUCUCACAAAUCUUGCUGUUUCUUGGCAUGGGAUUGCAUAUGAGACCAUACAUUCUGACAUCAUUCAGGAACUUGUGCGCUCUCCUGAAGAACCCCGGGCAUAUGCACUCACUGAAAGAUCUAUCAAGGUUGUUGAAGAGGUGAAGUUUUUUCCUAGGUAUGCCCACCAUGUUGCUACCAGUGAUCACGCUGGGGAUAUUCUGAAGAGAAUUUACAUGAUCCCUGAUGAACGUGUUCACAUCAUCCUUAAUGGUGUAAAUGAGGAAAUCUUUAAGCCGGACUUCGGAAGUGGAAAAGAGUUCAGGCGGAAGAUUGGCAUUCCUGAAUCUGGAGUUUUGGUUUUGGGGAUGGCUGGGAGAUUAGUGAAGGAUAAAGGGCAUCCAAUAAUGUUUGAAGCUCUGAAGCAAAUUUUUAUGGAAGAAAGGACCUUUCAGAGAAGAGUUUUUAUUUUGGUUGCAGGGGAUGGGCCUUGGGGUAGUAGAUAUAAAGACCUUUGGCCCAAUGUUCUAGUCUUGGGACCAUUGGAGCAGGCACAACUGGCAAGGUUUUACAAUGCACUUGAUAUCUUUGUUAACCCAACUCUUCGAGCUCAGGGGUUGGAUCACACAUUGCUAGAAGCAAUGCUUUCUGGCAAGCCAGUGAUGGCUACAAGGUUUGCUAGCAUAACAGGGUCUGUGAUUGUUGGCUCUGAGGUGGGUUACACAUUUUCGCCAACUGUGGUUUCACUGAGGAAUGCCCUUUAUAGGGUAUGGGGAGAUAGAAGUGGAACACUGGAGAAGAAGGGGCAGGUGGCUAGAGAGAGAGGUUUGACACUGUUCACUGCUUCUAAAAUGGCUGCUGCCUAUGAAAGGCUUUUCCUUUGCAUAAGUAGCGAUAGAGAAAUAGGAGCUAGAAGGGAAGAUUAUUGCAGGUAUCCACUUCCAUCAGACUAGGGCUGGCCAGUUUAUC